AUGUUAUCUCGUUCUCUCCGCACAGCCAGACGGUUCGGUGUUCCCCGUACCUAUGCUCUUUCCGCCAAUGCCCGCGCGCUCAUCUCCAAGCCUGUGGCCGAGGUCGACCCAGAAAUGGCCGACAUCUUGCAGCAAGAGAAAAACAGACAGAGAAACUCCAUCACCUUGAUUCCUUCGGAAAACUUCACCUCCAAGGCCGUCAUGGACUUGUUGGGUUCGGAGAUGCAGAACAAGUACUCCGAGGGUUACCCUGGCGAGAGAUACUACGGUGGUAACGAGAUCAUCGACAAAGCCGAGUCUUUGUGUAGAAAGAGAGCCUUGGAGGCUUUCGAUUUGAGUCCUGAACAGUGGGGUGUCAACGUGCAGCCCCUUUCCGGUGCGCCAGCCAACUUGUACGCAUACUCCGCCAUUUUGGAGGUUGGCGACAGAAUCAUGGGUUUGGACUUGCCUCAUGGCGGUCACUUGUCCCACGGAUACCAGACGCCAUCCGCCAAGAUCUCGUACAUUUCCAAGUACUUCCAGACGAUGCCUUACCGUUUGGACGAGAGCACUGGUCUCAUCGACUACGACACCUUGGAGAAGAACGCCAUUUUGUUCAGACCUAAGGUCAUCGUGGCCGGUGCCUCUGCAUACUCCCGUGUGAUUGACUACAAGAGAAUGCGUCAGAUUGCCGACAAGGUUGGCGCAUACCUUUUGUCCGACAUGGCGCACAUUUCCGGUUUGGUCUCUGCUGGUGUGACUGACUCGCCAUUCCCAUACUCCGACAUCGUCACCACCACCACGCACAAGUCUUUGAGAGGUCCUCGUGGUGCCAUGAUUUUCUUCAGAAAGGGUGUCAGAUCCGUCACCAAGAAGGGUAAGGAGAUCAUGUACGAUUUGGAGCGUAAAAUCAACUUCUCCGUGUUCCCUGCCCACCAGGGUGGCCCUCACAACCACACCAUCUCUGCCUUGGCCGUAGCCUUGAAGCAGUGCACCUACCCAGAGUACAAGCAGUACCAGCAAGAGGUUGUUGACAACGCUAAGGCCUUCGCCGACGCUUUGAAGGCCAAGGGUUUCGACUUGGUUUCCAACGGAACUGACACCCACUUGAUCUUGGUCGACUUGCGUUCCAAGAACAUCGAUGGUGCUCGUGUUGAGGCUGUCUUGGAGAGAGCCAACAUUGCUGCCAACAAGAACACUGUUCCUGGUGACAAAUCUGCCCUUUUCCCAAGCGGUUUGAGAGUCGGUACCCCCGCCAUGACCACCAGAGGUUUCGGUCCCGAGGAGUUUGCCAAGGUUGCAGAGUACUUCCAGCGUGCUGUGGAUAUUUCCAUCGCUUUGAAGGCUCAGGAGCAGGGCUCAGUCGCCAAGGAGUUGCUUGCAUCUUUCAAGAAGUUGGCUGAUGAGAGUGAGGAUGUCAAGGCCUUGGACAAGGAGGUUCAAGCCUGGGCUGGUGAGUUCCCCGUUCCUGGUGAUUUGUAG